AUGAUGAUGGGGGUUGCUGUUGUUGUUCUGCUCGUUGUUGUUGUUGGCGUGCUUGCUGCCACUGCUAGUGCAGAGGUGGUGGUGGAGCAGGUGGAUGACGGCACGGGAACGCUGGCCAUCACCACGAGUGCGCAUGGCAGCGAGGGCAAUGGGGUCGGCUCGGUGCUCUUCAACGGCGAGGAUGUGCUUGGAAUGCUCGACAACGUCAAGGCAACUGCGUCAGCCAUGCGCCGCGCCGUGACGCGCCUGUGCAACCAGCAUGGCAAGAUCACCAGCUUCAUCGCCGUCACCAGCGGGGCUGACGCAUGGUCCGGCGGCGUGCUGGCCAACAACAACAAGAUCUACGGCAUCCCUUACAACGAGGAGAAUGUCCUUAUCAUCGAUACGAUCUCCCAUACGGUGUCAAAGAUCUUACUCCAAGGAGCAUCCGGAGACCACAAAUGGCAGGGUGGCGCAUUCGCCGGAAACGGCAAGAUCUACGCCUGCCCGAACGACGCAACCUCCGUCUUGGUUGUCGACACGAUAUCAGAAACGGCAAGCACAAGCACCAUCACCAACCUUGAUUCAGGGCGUGACAAGUGGUCUGGGGGCGCACUUGCUGACAACGGCAAGAUCUACUGUGUGCCCCACGAUGCGUCAGCUGUGCUGGUCAUUGACCCGGCUUCAGACUCUGCAGACGCCACAACGCUCAAACACAAGUCGCCCGCAGGUUCGAGCAACCUGUGGGCAGGUGCUGUGCGCGGCAACGACGGCAACAUCUACGGUGUUCCGUACAGUGGAGCAACCAUCUUGAAGAUCAACCCAAUCACCGAUGAGAUCACUCACAUUUAUCCUGGGCUGCCCACUGGCAAAAACAAGUGGCGCGGCGGCGUGAUUGGCCGAGAUGGGUUGCUCUACUGCAUCCCAUAUCGUGACACGCGCAUGCUGGUCAGCGAUUUGGACAGUCAGCGCUCUUUCUUCUCUGUUGCUGAUGGAGCGGACUCCUCGUACAAGUGGGAGGGUGGUGCGCUUGGCAGCAAUGGGCGCAUUUACGGUGCCCCGUCCUCAGCGUCGGCAGUGCUGAUGUUUGACCCUGCGACAUCCACAGCAGACACGACGAGCCUUGCCAUUGGAGCGCCAGCAGAGCCGUCUCAGUCACGCAAGUGGGAUGGGUUGGUUGCUGCGCCCAAUGGGCUGUUGUAUGGGAUUCCGCGCAACUCGGACCAUGUGCUGGUGAUUGACCCACGCUGCCACUUCUGAUCUCUGUGUG